GUUCAGUCAGAUUAUAGUGUGUGGAGCUCGAGUCCGCAACCCACGGGCUCAGGCAUGCUCGGACUACCAGAAUAAAUGGCGUCUUUUAAAACGGAUUUAUACCAGCGGCUGCUGUUUCUUGCAAUAUUUCUGUCAAUUUCAGGUGUGACGAGUUUUAGUGAGUUGUUUUUUAUAAAGGAGCCCCAUGAUGUGACGGUGAUGAGGAGGGACGCUGUGGUUUUGGACUGUCAGGCCCACGGUGAGGCUCCCAUCGGCAUCCGGUGGCUGAAGAACGGAGGGACGAUUACAGAGUCGGAGCGCGUUUACCUGCUCGCCAACAGCUCUUUGUUCAUCGCAGAGGUGGAGAGUCGUAAGGACAAAUCAGAUGAAGGGUUUUACCAGUGCCUUGCCCAGAACAAAUAUGGAUCUAUUCUCAGCCAGAGAGCCCGCUUGACUAUCGCAAGUUUAGCCACCUUCACUCAGCAGCCGGCAUCAAUCACGGUUACGCAGGGAUCCGUUGCACGAUUCUCCUGUAAAAUCAUGGCCACGCCCCCACCAAUCAUCACCUGGGAGUUUAACAGAGUCACUUUACCAUUGGCCACUGAAAGAAUCACAGUGCUGCCGAGUGGUGUUUUACAAAUUCAGGGAGUCGAACAGGCCGAUGCUGGGAGUUACCGAUGUGUGGCGACUAAUAUCGCCAGCCGCCGCAGAAGCUCUGAGGCCGUGCUAACAGUGACCGCAGCUUCAUCUCCCAGAGUUCCUCAAAGGCCUCGUAUCAUCGCCGGUCCUCAGAAUCUGACCGUGGCGGUUCACAGUACGGCUUUGUUGGAAUGCAUGGCGACCGGAAACCCUCGUCCACUGAUCUCAUGGAGCCGAGCUGACCAUAAAUCUAUAGACGUUCACAAAACAAAGGUUCUUGGCAAUGGAAACCUGCUUAUAUCAGACGUGAAACCCCAACACGCAGGAAUCUACUUUUGCCGUGCAACUACACCAGGAACCAGAAACUACACGAUUGCAGCUGCAAAUAUAACUGUUAUUGCGCCGCCGUCUCUUGUGGAGUGGCCAGAAAGCGUGACCCGACCGAGGGCCGGUACUGCACGCUUUGUGUGCGUGGCAGAGGGAUUUCCAACGCCUCAGAUCACAUGGCUGAAAAACGGUGAACCCGUUCACUCAAACGGACGUGUUAAGAUGUAUAACAGUAAACUGGUGAUAAACCAGAUUAUUCCAGAAGAUGACGGCAUUUACCAGUGUCAGGCGGAGAACGAUCAGGGUUCGGUUCUGGCCAUGGCUCGUCUGAUCGUAGUGAUGUCGGACAACCGACCGAGCGCGCCCAGAAAUGUCCGUGCGGACACCGUAUCCAGCUCAGCCAUCUUACUGGCCUGGGAAAGACCCAUGUACAACUCGGAAAAAGUCAUCGCCUACUCUGUGCACUACAUGAAGGCAGAAGGUCUAAAUAACGAAGAGUACCAGAUUGUUAUCGGUAACGAUACCACCCGCUACAUCAUUGAUGAUCUAGAGGCCGGGCGAAACUACACCUUUUACAUCGUAGCGUACAUGCCCAUGGGUGCAAGUCGCAUGUCGGACCACGUCAUACAGCGGACACUUGAGGACGUUCCCUUACGUGCUCCUGAGUUGAGCCUCACCAGUCGCAGUCCCUCUGACAUCCAGGUGUCGUGGCAGCCUCUGUCUCAUAAGCUGAGUCGCGGUCGUGUGUCUGCGUACCGCCUCUCGUACAGGACCAGCACAGACGGGGCAAUGACACAGCUGGAGCUCUCGGGACACAAAACCCAUCACCUCCUGGAGGGUCUUCAGCCCGACACCACGUAUCUGCUCCGCAUCGCUGCAGCGACCAGUGUGGGAUGGGGAGAACCGUCAGCCUGGACAUCCCACAGGACACCGAAGGCUUCCAGCACUAAAGUGCCCCUGGCACCAGAGCUGCAGCUGGAGUCUCAGAACUGCACGACUGUGGUUUUGCGUUGGCAUCUCCCAGCGGGCAGCGGCACUGGAUUGCAGGGCUAUAAACUUUCCUACCACGAAGAGAGCGAACCGGAAGGAGCGCCGAUCCAGAUUCCCCCACACCACCGCCAGCACACCAUCGGAGGCCUGGAUCCAAGAAAGAAGUACCAUGUCAAACUCUUGGCCUACAGUUUUAUGGGUGAAGGAUACCAGGCAGACCAGACCAUCAGCACACCGGGAUGUGUUUCGGUCCGUGAUCGUCUAGUCCCGCCUCCUCCGCCGCCUCAUCACGUUUAUGCCUACAGUAACUCCUCCUCCUCCGUGUUCUUGCAUUGGGCCCGACCCGCUUUCACCGGCGGACAGACGGUCAAUUACACGAUCCGCUGUAACCCGGUGGGACUGCAGAACGCCUCGCUGGUGCUGUACCUGCACACUGUGGCCCAAAGUCUGAUGGUCACUGAUUUAGACCCAAACACCAAUUAUGAGUUUGCAGUUCGCCUGCAUGUGGAUCAGCUGUCCAGUCCCUGGAGUCCCGUGGUUUACCAGACCACACUACCUGAAGCUCCCACUCAAGCUCCUGUAGGAGUGAAAGUCACUCUGAUUGAGGGAGACACGGCGCUGGUGUCAUGGAAAGCGCCUGAUGAGCUCAACGUCGCCGUGACGCGCUACACCAUCCUGUACGCGUCACGAAGAGCGUGGGCCGCCGGAGAGUGGAAGAUCUUGCAGAGAGAAGGGAGCAUCACGAUGGCCCUGCUGGAGAAUCUACAGUCCGGUCAGGUGUACCUGGUGAAAGUCUCAGCAUCCAAUCAGAUGGGAGACGGGCCGUUCUCACCUGCGGUAGAACUGACCGUGCGUUCAGAUGGACACACCCCCCGAACGCACGGCUCCGCCCACGGCACAGUGUUUUCUGAUGGUUUCUAUCACCUGGAUCAGAGGUCAAUGACAGGGAUAGUGGUGGGCGUGUGCAUCGCUUUAACCUGCAUUAUCAUCUGCAUCCUCAUACUGGCCUGCAGGAGCAAAACCAGGAAAUCUUCCACUACCAAAACCAUCAGACAAGCUGGAGGACAGACUCCGCCCACUGCUGUCCGCCUGACCAAUCACAGUCAAGCUGAGAGUGUGGAGGUGAUGAUGCCCAUGAUGACAGAUCAUUUCAUCGAUGCAAAGGGUGGAACAAAUCUGAUCAUUAACAGUUAUGGGCCAGUGAGGCCCACCGAUGAGAAGAAGAAAAGAAAGAGAUGGAACUUCUUUAAGAGGGAUAACAUGAAUGUGAAGAGGGUCUCCAGUCCGUCUUAUUCCUAUCAUCAUGGCACCACCCUCCUGUGCUACACAGAAACCUCACCUCAGCAGCCGCCGUCCUCUCUGCAGGGCCUGUUUGGGUCAUCGGGGGGCGACAGCGAGGGUUCUCAUUCCAGCGAGGGCAGCCACGAGACGGGCGACUCGGGACGCUACUCUCACGACGAUCCCGAGGCGACCAACCUCUCUCUGGGCGCCGACAGUCGCCCGUCCUCCCUGCAGGGCGAGGAAAGCGAAGCGUCGGAUGAAACACCCGUCCAUGAGGUUACAGAAAAAGAGCUGCAUCUUCAUGCAAUCCCAAUGACAGAAAUGACACCUCAUAAACAGGAAAUGAUUGAGCCACAUCCUGUUUAACCAAAAAAACCUUGUGCUCUCUGGCGCCCCCUGCUGCUUAAACGGACUACUGAGCAGUGCUGGACGACCCGAGACGUCCACAUGGCCCUCUUUCUCGGUGAAUGUAUUUGUUUCUCUCUUUUUCUGUUCGUUUUGUGCGUCUGAAAGAAACUAGAAUCUCACCCACCAUGAAUGUGUUAAAAACGUCCAAAACGUGCGACAUGAAUGUCACGUUUUCUGACGUUACCUUAGCGAGAGAGAACCGAAAUGCUCUCUUGACUUCCUAAUCUACCUCAGUUUGUCUACUAAGUAUUUAAUGUCUACUUAUACACUCGACAGCGUUAUUUUCGUUAGUUUGUCUAUUUGUUUAAUCCUGAAGUAUGAGAUCGCAAAGGUUUUUUACCCAUCCUGACUGCUGUGUAACACGGCACAGCCAAUCAGAACAUAGUUGAUGUUUAAUAUGCAGGACUUGGGACCAAUAGGAAUCCAGAGUGGGCGGAGCUACUCAGCUCAUUGCAUUAAACAUGGUUAGGAUAGUGUUUUUGACCUACCUCAACUUUCAGUUGAAUAUUUUGCUCUGAUGUUUACGUACGAUUUAUUUGCGUCUCCACUUCAGGUCACGUUAGAUUUCUCAGGUUUGUCGUAUGAAUGUGUGUAUUUUUGCUCUUAUAGUCCCUGUUUUAUACUACCUCAUUUACCUUUUGAUUUUUAGCAGUAGUUUGAUUUUCUUUGUCUCAGGGAUGAUUUAAAAGCCGUGUGUUUUGUAAGGCAACAUGGUUUGAUGGACAGGGUUUUUUUCGGGCGGUUGACCCGUACUGAAUGUGUGUUUUACCUCUGUUUCUUUUUCCGUAGUUUAAUUCCUCUUUUGAGUACGAAGUAACCAAAAAUGCUGGGCGUUUCUUAGUUUGGCAAAACCCGAUAGCUUUAAACAAUGGCCUUAAUGUGUGAAGAGCUGCAGAGAUUGAUUUGACUGCAGUCCGAAUGAAAGUUCUGAAAACCAAAAAUAAUAAUCAAACCUUUUUGCCUCCAAAGAUAUCUAUUUUUCUCAACAUGAUACAGUAUAUGUACUACUGAGUACGCAUUUUAGUUACUUUAGUGCUUUGAAAAUAGUCCAUGCUAUUUUAGAUUUAGGAUCAUGAGUGUAGCACUUGUCUUUCAGAUUAGUUCGGAGUUGUUUGUAGUUUCACGUGCAACGGUGACACGCCAUCAUCUGCAGAGCUGUUUGCCCUUUCGUUUCUUCUUUCUGGUUUGCUGGUCUUCGGGAUGAGAAGAUGACAAUGAGAUUAUUUGUGAAUCAAACCAAAGAUGUUUCACCCUGAGACCGGCGAAUGCCCAAAAAAGAGCUGCUUUAGAGAACUUAGAGACGUUUUGAUGUGCUGAGACCAAGUGAGGUGCAGAUGCAGACGUUCAGCAUUACAAAUCUCAUGAAUGUAUGUCAUAUUUCACUCCAAAAUCAACAGGAAAAACAAGAAAUUAAAUUUUGCAUGAAGAAAAUCAAAACUUAAAUUAAAACAGUAGAUUCAAAUUCUCAUUACCAUAAUUUCUUUAUUGUAUUGUAUUAUUUUUUAAUGUAAAUCAUCAUA